AUGCCAAACUCAAUGAUGAUCUUUAGCGACCGCAUCGUCCCUAUCAACCGCCCAUCUUCAAUCAUUGACUCUGCCACUACGAGCACCCAAGAAAUCUAUUGCCAUGAUUCUCCAUCAUCAACAACCGUCAAAUCAUCGAGAAGCAUACCGAUCUCGGAUCGACUGACAAAGACCGCGUCAGAGAUUCAGUUGUGUCGAGAUCAACAGACAGCCGAGCGCCUCGACUAUGAAUUCUAUUCUCGGGUUGUCUCGGGGAUCUCACAGUCUCAGUGCACGAGUAAAAGUUGGCAAUGCCGACAAGAAAACCAAAUGUGUUUGCUGAACAUUAUGCAAACUCGAACGAAUGAAACACCAAAGAAAGUCGAAGAAGAAGUGGAAGACGAAUGGGCAAUAGGGCAUAGUCUAGAGGAAACGCCCUGUGACGAGAAUCUGAUUUUGAAUAUAGCAUCAGAGGCAACCAACUUGUCCAUGCCGGAUGAUGACGAUGAGAUCUUUGAGAUGGAAUUGUAA